CUGGAAACAUGUGGAAAAGAAAAAUGUGUUUUGUGCAUUUUGCAUGCAUGCGCCUUGGUCUCCCCAGUUGCCAAAGUGUCUCUUUCGCUACUUUUUUUGCUUCUCGCUCAUCCCCUUCUCUACAGCUCAGUUCUUGUUUGCGGCAGCAGCUUUUUUUCUUCUCUUCACCAGCCUCUUCAUAUUCCAUUCUUUAUUUUUAUUUUAUAUACACGCAUCCCUUUCAAACGCUUCAUUUCACAAGCUGCUGGAGGCGCCAUCUGGACUCGUAGCUUUCGCUUUUUUCUUGUUGAACGCUAGUGUUUUUUUGCGCGGAACGCAACUUCUCUUUCAUUAUUUACCCUCAUCAGGCGACUAUUUCGUAUCCCUGACUGUUGUUAGCACGGUCCCUACAAAUAGUCGGUGCAGAAGAACAUAUCUCCCCACUCCCUGCGGAUCACUGGCAGUUUCCCACUUUCCCUCAUCCCACUCAUUAUUUACGUGCGUGGUCCCGAGUCGCUUUUCGAGCUAGCCUUGGGCAUAUAACGGCAACAACAUCAUCAAAUUUAUUGGUCAGCUCAUUUCUAGAUCUCAUUCAAGCUCUAUUUUUGGCUCUCGCACGGCGCAGGCUGCCUUUAUUUAACGUAAGUA